AAGAACUGUCAACAUGGCUGUGAGACACUUAACAAUAGCGGGCAUCUGUCUCGUAUUCAUCAUUCAUUAUGUAUAUACUGCAAGUGUAGUAACUACAACCACAGCUGCCAAUCAUCAUACAACCACCAAACGUCAUCACCAUCACCAUGUACAUGUAACCCAUAGUUCGGAAAAGAUAGAAAAGGACCACUUAUAUUUCCAUUACGACAGCUAUUCCAUUGAGAAACUAUUGGUAGUAAAGCAACACACUACCUGUUAUGCAUACCCACUGUCUUCGGUGGAAAUACAAAAUAUCCACAAACCAGCGACAAUUUUUGGAUUGGAGGCUCAUGUGCUUCAUCAGAUACAAAUAGAUGCUUACUAUAACUGGACUCACGACGAUAUUUCAGUCAGAAGUACUUAUUACACUAAAUUCUGUCCACAAGAUGGCCACGUCUUCAGAGUACAUCGGCUGUGAAAUGAUUGGACAAAA